AUGGCAGACGUUCCUGUGCCGGAGACCACUGCAGAAGAAGAGUUCGAGCUUUUUGGUCCAGGACCAGCUGCGGCAGCGCAUGAAGCGGCUGCUCAGCAGGGAGCGAAUCCGUUUGCUCCUGUCCAUGGUCCGGCGUCGGCUCCACCUGUUCAGAGUCCGAAGGCUGCUGCUCCGAGUAGCAGCUCUGGUUCUGCAGGUUUUACGCCUGAGCAGAUGCCUGGAUUCAUGAUGGAAUUGCUUCGUCAGCAGAGAGAGAUGAUGGCAAUGAACCAGCAGCUCGUUGCGACGAUGCUCCGGAGAAUGGAUCUGGAGGAAGAGAGAAGGAACAAAGCGGAAGAGAAAGUUCUUGAGGCAGCUGAAGCGGCCAAGCAGGCAGCAGAUGCUCCCGCGAGCAGUUCUGCCGCUAGUUCGGCAGCUCCGGCAAGCCGUGCAGAGAAGUAUCUGCCGAACCUUCCGGUGAUAGACCAUCAAGGCAUGGGGAAAGGGCGCAUGAAGGAGGUAGAGACUUGGCACUCCUUUAUGGAGACGCUGAGUUCCUGGCUUGCCCUGCAGGAAGAAGCGUUUGUUCGGGAACUGCAGCUUUGUAUCCCUGUGAAGAAGGAGAUUGUGCAAGCUGACUUGAAUCCCGAGACUGCUUUGAAGUUGUACCAGCACGUUGGGCAUUUGAAGAGGCCCACCGACUUGAUUCGACAUCUUGAGGAUUCGUUUUCGAAGUCUGAAGCGAAGCUGAGCAACUUUCCGGAGCUUCUGCUGUCUGAGGCUGAUCGCUGCUCUGUCCUGUUACAGAGCUUGGGUGCAGAAGUACGUCAGUACGUGGUACUGCACGGGUCCAGCUCGAACUGGGAAGCUCUUCGAAGGACGCUGACUUACUACGAGGAGCAGCUGCGACUGUGUGAGGUCCCUGGGUCUUCGGGCCGAGCCUUGCAGGAGAAGCUUUGCGACUACUGCGGGAAGAAGGGACACACAGCCGACAAGUGUUGGCAGCGCCAAAAGGAAGAACGUGAACGCGGUGAGCCGGAGUCCGAGGCCGAGUCGGGAGGAAGCGCCACAGUGAUGGCGAUGAGGUUUUCCUGUCCUGGGCGUGGUUCUUCGGAGCCCUCUUCUUCGGAACGCCGUGUUCUGAGACAGCCUGAGAAGCCUGAGUUGUCCGCCCUUGUAGUUCCGAAGCCGGGUUCAGGACCCGAAGGGUCGCCUGGGUCUGAGAGUCGAGGUUCUGAGUCUAUGGGCUCCUUAGGAUCCCGUAUGUUGAAGUACGGCGACGUAGCUCAUGUCUGCAAGGCCCUCGAGACUACUCCUGGGGACCUGUGGCUAGUUGAUAGUGGAGCCACCUGCCACAUUGUUUCUGACAAACAUCUCUCAGGAUUUCGUGUUGUCAAGAAGUACGACCGAACGGCCAAUCUGUUCAAUGCCUCGGGUGGUGCGAUCGUCGUAUCGGGGGUUGUCGACCUUGAGGUUCACUUUGGUGACGUUUUCCUGAGGUUGGAAGAGGUCUUGGUGGCGGAUGUUGGGUUCAACGUUGUUUCGCCUUGGACCGGGUCGGAACGGGGCUGGAAAACCUAUCUAGCCAAAUCGGGAUCACGAUUGUACAAAGGAAACGGAAAGAAGAGCAUCAAGCUGAUGGGCGCUUCGCGUGCCUGGUGGGCUCUGAGCGGGAGGUCCAAGGGCCGGGGGAAAGAGAAUUCUUCCAGACGCCCCCCGAAAGGGAUCGACGACAUGGAGAUAGAUCAGAUAGAUGCCUUGAAGGACCGCGACCUGCUAGGAUCGAGCAAGGAGUCCACCGCAGGACCCCAGAAGCCUGGAGAAGGAAUCCUGAAGAAAGGAAGAAAGACCUCGGAAGAAGACGAGUCUGGUCGCCACGCUUUGGCUGCCACUCCUUUUGGGUUUCUGCUUCGGGGUCUUAGGGCGGAAGUUGCUCCAAGAGCGCCUGCACCACGGGAGAUUGAGCUUUGUGAUCUUCUAGAAGAGUCUAGUGACGUUAGGCAGGGCGCGGCGAUUGAUUUUAGGAAACAGGUGCAUGCUGGCAUGUCGCUUGAUUUUAGGAAACGGUCGCAUGUUGGCAUGGCUCUUGAUUUUAGGAAACGGUCGCAUGUUGGCAUGGCUCUUGAUUUUAGGAAACAGUCGCAUGUUGGCAUGGUGCUUUGCAUGUUUUUGGCAUGUUUUUCCAUGGUUUUGCGAUGGCAUGUUUUCAUGAGAGACAUGGUUGUGCAAGCGCAGUGGGUUUUUGCUGCUGUGCUCGAGCCUGCUUUUACCCUUACGGCUUUUGCAGAAAGACUCAGAAUACGCCUCUUUUUCCUGCUAUGGGAAACUAUCUGGGCGGAUCAAAGCCAGAAUGCGAGUGCCGGUGCGAAGUGUGCGGAAAGCAGGGGUGCGUCAGACGCAAACCUGCGCACACCCAUCAUUAUUGCUGGGCCUGUAUACAGCACUGGUCGGGGCUGCAAUGGCUACGUGCCCACGACGAGGUUCCAGAUUCGCAGUAUUCUGAGAGCGAUGCUGAUGGUAGCAUUGCAGCUGGUUGGGUCUUGCUCGAUGGCAAGUGAAGAAGACAGACCCUUCAGCCACAAGAGGGUAGGAAAAGGAUUGCGAAAGCAGCUGCCUGAGCUUGAGAAGCAACUGCGUGAGCCUAGGAAGCAACUGCGUGAGCCUAGGAAGCGACUGUGUGAGUCUAGGAAACAGCUGCGUGAACCUAGGAAACCGUGGCAUGUUGGCAUGCUUGGCUUGAUUUUGCAAACGCUGAUGUUGCCGAAUCCGUUUUUCUCUGUGGUGAAGAGAGGUCUCCCUUUGGAGAUCAUAAUGGACGGUGCCAGCGGGGACGAGUUUACCCCGAGUGUUGCUUUGAGCAGCCCAGGCUCUCCUGGGAAUCCGCCUACUCCACCGGCUUUGGAGAGCCCCUCUUUCGAACUACCGGGGGUAGAGCCGCCGGGUGGGGGACCAUCGUCGCCGGUGGCGGUCUACCCGUCGCCAGUGGUGACGGAAGCAGCGGAGGAGAGCGAUGGGGAGGAGAGUUGGGGCACCCAGUGGCCGAAUCCUUCGAAGCGCCUGCGCGCUGGGGGUCCUUCAGAGGUCGAGGGGCCUGUGCCACCGCGGGCUGGAAUCCCGGCGAAUAUCUCGCCGGGCUCGCUGAGCCCUCCUUUUGGUGCGGUUCAGAUGGAUGUGGGAACCCAACUCCUCCUGAGGGCCAUGCGGAAACGCUGGGCCUUGCAAAGGUCUCGUCCGUUGCUCUCGCACUUGGCGGGGAUUCCAGCGAACAUGGAAGAUGCCUACGAUGCCCCAUCCCUGGCGUUCUGUGCGCCAGGACACGCCUUGAGAGCACUUUGCUCUCCGGCGGCGACGAUGCUUGGUCCGAUAGGCCUGCCCGACCUAGAGCAUCCAGCUGCUUGGCUACCAGCCACUCCGGUGAUUCCUGUGACAGCGGCCUAUCCGGAGGAGCCAGUGAGGGCUUCGAGGCCGAAGAUGGUGGAAUCGGAAUCCCAAUGUAUCAUUGGGCAGCAGGAAUGGGAGGUUUGGUUGGGACGUUGCCUAGAGGGCAAGAGCCUGGCAGAGUACGGGCUUCAUAUGGUAGAUUUGGAGUUCGCUGUCAGGGUUACCGAACUUCUGGAGGCUCCACGGGCCGCUCGGGCAGCGUGGAAGCGAAGGUUUCAGGAACCCAACCCUGUGUCUAUGCUCCACUAUAUCUUCCAUUGUCGAGCCGUUUUGCAAACCUAUUUGGCUACGCCUGCUGGAUACAAGGGACUGGUGGGAGGACGUUCGAGUCUGCUCGUAAAGGUGCCCCAGUCGGUCACCUCGCUCGAGCUCAAAACGGCUUGGGCGUUCCUAGAUUCGGGCAUAUAUCUCCGUGUUGCCCGAUAUUACAGGCGAAAACGAGAGGAGGAGCGCCUCCACGAGGCCCGGGAAUCCAUGCGAGCGGCAAGGGCCAAAUCGGCAGCGAUCCCUCAGGGUGGUGUAGUGGACACCACCUCUUCGAGCUCCGACGAGGAGUCCUUGCUCCUUGGAGAAGGGGAACUUACUGCGCUGAACAGGGCCCAGGGCCAAGAAGAUUUAUCCGACCUCGCCAUAUGGCGCACAUUGGAAGAACUUACAGGCCAGAGGUUGUCCCAAUUGGAUGGCUAUGUUGGGGCGGCCGACGAGGGAAAUCAGCCCGCCGAGGCGGGACAGCCGGCGCCGCCGAGCCCGGCUUCCUCAAUGCCACCUGGAGAACGGGUGGCUACGGCAUUCAACCUCCCGAGGGUCUCGGCACCUACCCUUCCGGAGGGAAUGCAGAGGGAGGACUAUCGAAGGCACGGCGUGAACAUCCCGCCGUCGGUUCCAAAAAGAUCUCGGCUACCAACGCCUCCGAGGGCUAUGAGUGCGGCUGCGAGUGGUUCUGCCACCGGACAGACUGCCCAGGAACGGGCAUUUGUGCUCAGCCCGCCAUCUUUAAGCCACAGUCAAUUGACUGCGCAGGUGAGGCAAGCCCUCGAAGAGGGCCAGAGAUUGUUGGAGUGA